CCGUGUCAGUCUGUUCCAUCAGGACGUCACACAGAGGGCGUCCAAACAAGGAGCCUAGAAGUGGAGGUCAGCAGGGAGGAAGAAGCAUGGCAGCCCUGCUCAGGAAAUCUAGCAGUGCGUUGGUCUGUGCUGUCAGCAGACAUGCACGCUUUGCAGUGGUGUACAGGUCUAUGGCCUCCAAAACUCCUAUUGGAUUUGUUGGGCUUGGUAACAUGGGUAGCCCAAUGGCAAAAAAUCUCCUGAAACAUGGCUACCCUGUUGUUGCGUAUGAUAUCUUUCCAGAAGCUUGCAAGGAAUUUCAGGAUUCUGGUGCUCAGAUUUCGGAAUCACCAGCUGAUGUGGCUGAAAAGGCUGACAGAAUUAUUACUAUGCUGCCGUCCAGUGCCAAUGCUUUAGAAGUCUACACAGGAUCAAAUGGAAUUCUAAAAAAAGUGAAGAAAGGUUCUUUGUUGAUUGACUCAAGUACCAUCGACCCUGCAGUAUCUAAGGAACUAGCAAAAGCUGUUGAAAAACAAGGAGCUGUAUUCAUGGACGCCCCGGUUUCUGGUGGUGUUGGAGCUGCUCGUUCUGGAAACCUCACGUUUAUGGUUGGUGGAGUAGAACAAGAGUUUGAUGCAGCAAAAGAACUUUUGACCUGUAUGGGUGCAAAUGUGGUCUACUGUGGUGAAGUUGGAACUGGACAGGCUGCAAAGAUCUGUAACAAUAUGCUGCUAGCUAUUGGCAUGAUUGGAACUGCAGAAACUAUGAAUCUUGGAAUCAGAUUAGGGCUUGACCCAAAGCUCUUGGCCAAAAUUUUAAACAUGAGCUCUGGUCGGUGUUGGUCAAGUGAUACAUAUAACCCUGUUCCAGGGGUUAUGGAAGGCGUACCCUCUGCAAAUAAUUAUCAAGGAGGAUUUGGGACAACUCUCAUGGCUAAGGACCUUGGGUUAGCACAAGACUCUGCUACCAACACCAAAACUCCAACCCCAUUGGGUUCCGUCGCUCAUCAAAUAUACAGAAUGAUGUGUGCCAAGGGCUAUUCACAGAAGGACUUCUCAUCUGUCUUCCAGUUUUUACGUGAAGAUGAGAAUUUGUGAACUAAUCCAGUUUGACUAGAUCCUAAACACUAUUUUUGCAAUACCCCUGGUAACCUUACCCCUAGCAAGGAAAGACGGUGUUAAGUCAGGAUGCCUGGGUUUCGUUUUUUCAAACACGAAAAAUAUAUAGUUUUUCUGUUUAAAGUCUAAUUUGGACAACAUAUAUCAAUACAUUUUUUUUAUUUUAUUUUUUUUUUUUUUUUUAAAUGCCUGGGUCAUGGUUUUAGCACGAUCUUAUUUCUCUGCAUUUUUUUACUAAAACAUCCCUUUGCUCAGAAUGUAUAUUCAGUGCUCACACAUGUAGAUUUAUUUUCAGUUCUACAACUAGGAUCGUUGACCACUUUCCUGUGAUGAUGACUGUGAUUAUGGCUGGAACUCUUGACGUAUUUUGGGAAAAUUACCAUUUUAACAGAGCAGUAGAUGGAAUCUUUUGAUUAAUUAUGAACAGUUUGUAUUAAAAAUCAUAUUUUGUGUUUCUGAAACUUGCUCUGGAAAGAGAAAGAAUCCCAGAUCAUGUACUUUUUAUCUCUGUGUAUGCCCCUGGAUGUUCAUACGCAGAGGGAAUUGGAUAGAUUUUCUGUACCAAAACUGUCCUGACCUUUAUGUCCAACCUUAAUAAAAUACCGCAAUUAA